UAUCAACAGUAGUAAAAAAAUCCAGUAUGGAUAUGAAUGUCACAGCAUCAGUGAAUUUCACAAGGAACUUUGCAGUGUCAAUAACGCCAUCGAUUAAUUUCACCAUGUCUACGAUAAAUUCAUCCCUAAAUUACUCACUAAUGGCGUCUUCGGUAACACCCAACUCUACUGUAAUGGUGGUGAGUAGGUCUUCCUCGAUAUCUGUUCCAUACAAGCCAUGGACGAAUGAGUUAAUCCGCACCAUAAACGUGACCGUCAAGAUUUUCAAUGAACGCUUUAGUGUCGAUUUGAUAUCAAGUAACACCAGCGCGUACACUGAUCUAUCAAAGAGAGUGAGAAAUGCGUUUGACCGUAUCUUUUCCGAACAACCAGGAUACAUUAACAUCACCGAUAUCAAGUUCAGUAACGGGAGUGUUGUGGUUAACUUCCAAGCGAACUUCAACUUAACUUCAAAUAUGACUGCACUGGAUGCGAAGACAGAGAUUAUCAAUCGAAAUGGAAGCAGAAACAUUGAAAAUUUUAUCUUUUCAAGUGAUGUAAAAGCAUUUGAAAAUUGCAGCACAAGCUAUUGUCUUCGAGGUAACUGUCAGAUGAACAACGUAACAGGAGCCUAUUGCAUGUAAGUUAUUUUAUGCCUC